AUGCACAUCGACGUGCCUUCCUUCUUCAGAACGAUGCCCUUCAAGCCGAUCGAGCACCCCAAGUGUCCCAAGUGCGGCAAGUCCGUCUACGCCGCCGAGGAGAUGUGUGCCGGCGGCUACAAAUGGCACAAGUUCUGCUUCAAGUGCAGUUCGUUUCUUUCUAAUUCUGAUCAGAAACUUUGUAUCAAAAAGUCUGAGCUGGCCUUAAUUGAGUUGAAGAAAUGAUCUCAUCGUUUUUUGAAUUACAUGAGUUUUCACAAAAACAUGAGAAAACGUGAACACGUUUUUUGGCUCACAUAAAAACCAAACUCUCACUAAUCAUGGUAAGCCUAUAUUGAUCGUCACAUGAAGAUAGUCAAUCAAUCAAUUUUUUAGUCUUCAUAGACGUUAUCGACUAAGAAGUUAACAGGAACUUUUUUAAGCAAGUCCUGGAAAAUAAUGAGUUUUUCUAUAGGAUAAGCAUGCAACGUCUACAGAAUAUUCUUCAUUUUCUUUUCAGACUUUCCUUUCUAUUUUUUCUCAGCUUUUUUCAAAAAAUCAAUAAUUUUUGCCAUCGAGCGGAUGUGUGCUUUACGUGUGUCUGCGUGUGUUUGUUAAUGUUGGUGUCUUCGUAGCGCAAGCGUAAAAACCAAGUCUGAGAAAGUCUAGGAAUUUCAAGUUUUUAAACAUCACAUAGGUGACAUACCUCCGAAACAGAGCCAAAGUCUCUCGUCACGUUACGUGGAAUAAAAUGGAUAUAUACUUCAGAGUAAAAAAAAAACUUCAAAAAAAAGCAGCAGCAUAUUUCGAAUAAUCGAAUUAUUCCUAAUAAUUCCAAGCAAUAACUCAAUAGAACUCGUGGUGAUUUUCAUCAAUAAUUAAAAAAGAGCCUAUGUUCUACUUCCUAAAACUCACAUUUACUGAAUCUCAAAUCAAAUUGAAAUUUCGACGGUAAAAUAUUUUAUCAUUUGUCGACUUUGUUUUAUUGAAUUUUCUGGUCCUUUUUCUCAGUCGCCCACAGCGGCUGUUCUUUUGUUAGACGGAGAACGAGGACUCUCUUACUAGAGUGGAGGCUAACUGAUUGGAAGUGAGAUAUAGUCAAUUCAGGUCCUGGUGAAUGAAUUAUGAAAACAAAAUAUAUCUGAAUAGCUAAAUUUUUGAAACAUUGGAAAAAGCGCGUGCGAGGCCGACAAUUAUUGAGGCAUGUGCAACAAGCUGCUCGAUUCGAUGAGCUGCUGCGAGCAUCAGGCGCAGCUCUUCUGCAGACAGUGUCACUGCCGUCGCUACGGUCCCAAGGUCUGUGUCGGGAGCGCCUGAGAGCCAACCGUCGGUUGACCUAGGGCGUCGGCUUUGGAAUCGGCGCCGGAAGCCUCACGAUGGACACCGGGGAGCAGUUCGGCAACAAGGAAGUCGACAUGACGUGCGCUUUAUUUUUUCCUGUUUUUAUCUUUACCUCUAACACGUUCGAGUGGUCCCUGAAGCGAUGUCGGAACUGUCUCUUGCUUGAUUUGAUCGUCGAACAAAGUCCACGGAAGCCAUUUGUGUUAACAAAAGACUGCUCUAGUUUUUUUUAUCUUUCCUAAUAACAGCUGCUUUGUGUGUUUUGCUUCUCCCUCACAUUUGCUUUGCGUUUCUUGGUUUUUUGUUUUGGUACCGACUGAGCCGCAGCAAAAAAAAGAGGUGCUAUAAUAGAUAUUGAAAUUCUUCCCUGAGGUGUCAAAAAUUAGCCAAAUUAAAUUGCUGAAAGUAAAACUAAGAGCAAAAAGCGACCUUUCCUGUUGCUUGGUAGAAAUUUUUAUACAAACAACCUAAACCCUUCCAGCAGUUUUCCGGAGUAAUUACUUGAUUAUAUCAUUUAUGAGAAUUAUUUUAAAGAAAUAUUUUCUACGGCCCAUGACAAUACAGCAACCCCUGUGGGGGACUUUUCUUGUCACGAAAAUGACAUCUGAAAUUGAAAGUGAACAUAACCAGAAGUUGAAAAUUAGUGAAAGUAAUUCAAAAUCUUGUCAAAAUUAACUUUUUGAGAAAUCUUCUCUCUAAGCUGGUAUUUUUGAGAGAGCCUCCAUGUAUCCAUUUGAAACUUUAAUGAAAUUUGAACUUCAAAUUCGUAGUAGGUGAGAAAUUUUAUAAACAAAAAGCCUGGCCAAAAAUGAAUGAAAGGAAUGGGUGGAGGUUACAGACAUGUGCAACAAGCUGCUAGACUCGACGACGGUGGCACCACAUGAGAACGAGCUGUACUGCAAGCAGUGCCACGGUCGCAAGUACGGCCCCAAGGGGGUCGGAUUCGGCCUCGGCGCCGGUUGUCUCACUACCGACAGUGGCGAGAAGUUCGGCGGCACAAAGCAAAUGUGAAUCCCCUCACUUUUCCCCAUUCUUUGGUUUCUCAAAAAGCGAGUAGUUUUCGUUGUAUUUCUUUCAUUUUAUCCGCCCACGGUUCCCUUCUGCUUGCUAUCGCUGGAGCUUUUCUUUAAACCUCUGACACUUUGACAGCUUUUUAUCAACUUUUGAGUUUGUUCUAAUCAUCAAGGAGCUUUUCAAUGAGCAAAGAGUGACCGUAGAACUGAUAGACUUACUUUUCCGCUGCACGCAAGCUCCCUCUACACUGAUUAUUAGACAGAACUAACCGAUCCGUUUGUUUCAGAAACCGACCGAUGACCGCCGAAGCCUUCACCGCGCCGAUUAACCCUUCGCACAGUUAG